UAUUAAUGAGGGCUUUGGUUGUGCAUGAUAGAGAAUAAAAAAGGUGGAGAGAUGGGUAGUCAGUCUCUGAUCUAGCUAGCCCAGGUCCAAAGGUUAACCUGUUGUGCAGACGCAGUGAGGGUGAAUGACUUCAGUAGAAUACUAGUCAGUGUAGACAGACGCUUGGGAGAAUUACGAACAAUUCGACGCUGAUGACCGCGAGCAGAUCAUAGGUUGUAGCAAGUUCCCUCAAAUUGCAAUAUGAGAAAUCCUGUGACUCCUCCCAGUCGCGAUCAGCUUUUAUAUCUGCAUCUCCAAUGGAUUCCCAGUGUUAGUACUUUCACAGGGCACAUGAUCCAGCCCGGUUUCAAGAUCUUUGGCUUGUUCUUACGUGCUUGACAACCAUGGCGCGUCCCUGGAAUAGCAAAUUCUUGCUACUGUUGAGACUAUUACUCUUUUUCCAGAAGCUUUGCAAUACUCAGGGGCGAUCUUACGGAUGGGAAUCUGCAUACGCAAGAACCCAACCCGUAAGGUUCGAACCUCUCGAGGAUGCAGAGGAAGGCGCAUCCGGGAGCCGGUUCUGGGCCAAUCCUGACCAUGGCCACCAUCACAAAUACGGCCACCCCACUCAUUUUAAGCGUACCAGGGCUCUACCUAGCAACACCAAUUAUAUAUCCGUGGGGAAGCAAGGAAACGUAGAUUUCAACACAGUUCAGGAGGCAAUAGAUGCAAUUCCGGAGAACAAUGCUGUCUGGGUCGAAAUAUCCAUACGAGCUGGAGUCUACCGAGAAAAGGUUUUCAUUCCAUCCAACAAGCCUUUCGUGAUCCUUCAGGGGGAAGGGCGAUCCACAACAACAAUCGCGCACCGCCAAUCUGCUAGCCAGAGCGGUACUGCCAACAGUGCCACGGUGACGGUUUACUCAUCGAACUUCAUCGCCAGGGGCAUCGGUUUUCAGAACGACGCUCCACUGGCUGAACCAGGUCAAGUUGAUGGCCAAGCAGUGGCAGUCUUGCUAGUCACAGACAAAGCAGCUUUCUAUUCAUGUGGGUUCUAUGGAGGCCAAGACACCCUCUUCGACUUCUCUGGUCGCCAUUACUUCAAGGAAUGCUACUUUGAGGGCAACAUUGACAUCAUCUCCGGAAAUGGUCAAUCAGUCUUCAAGAACUGUGAGAUACAUGAGAUCGCCACACAGGCAUACAUAUCAGGGUCGCUGACAGCCCAAAAGAGGUCGAGUCCAGACGAAAACACGGGAUUCGUCUUCAUUAAUUGCUUGAUCACUGGAAUAGGAACUGGGCAAGUGUUUUUAGGACGAGCAUGGGGACCGUAUUCACGAGUCGUGUACAUUUACACUUACAUGGACGAUGUCAUCUUGCCUGAAGGCUGGCAGGAUUGGUCUAAUCCUUCCAGAGAACGGACUGUGUACUACGGGCAAUAUCAAUGCUCAGGACCGGGCUCGGAUGCCUCACAACGAGUUAAAUGGUCACAUGAACUGAGUGACGGCGAAGCACAGAACUUCCUGCAGCUCAGCUGGAUAGACGGCCAAGCUUGGCUUCAAGAGGUUUAGUGGUCCUGCUCUCCUGAAGAGUAAUAUUUCCUGAAGCAUGUCAUGCAAGGUUCCGGCAUUGCACCCUGAACCUUUGCACAUAAAGUAGAUGGUUCAUAACGCUAGUCACCUUUGUUAAUGGGUCUUCACGAAAUAUUGCAAUAUUGCAAUAUAUGCAACUUUCCUCUGAUUGCCCUAAAUUAGAUUUUAUUAGCUUAAAAACUUGUGGAAGUUUCCUGCUGAGAGAUUGACAUGAGCCUAUUCAUCCAUUCCAGCACAUUAUCACACUGGGUCAAUUCUGCAAAUUGCUUGCGUGACUCAUGAAAAUCCAGCUUAACGAAAUGACUAACAAACAAUGUCGUGAUUGUUCAA